GAGUGAAUAGCAAUUCACACAACCAAUCACUUUAUAGUCUAUAGCAAUAAGACUAAAUACUCUCAUGGCUACUAAAUUUAUUACCCUUGCUCAAGUCCACCGCCCCAAAAUCUCGAUCUCAACCAGAAAACCUCGCAGAUGCAACCAAAACAAGCCCCGACCAUCCAAAUCCAUAAGCGAAAACAUGUUCAACAAUGUUUUUCCUGGCAAAAUGCUUACGGAAAUCUAUCCUAAUGACCUAAACAAUUCAGACCCCCUUACUAAUUCUCUACUUUUUAUGGAACAUCAGCCAGUUAAAGAAGAGGAGUCGACUCAACAAGAACACGGGAAGCUGUCCAUAUGCAACCACCAAGACGACGGUAAGUCGAUCAUCGCAACGAAAGACAGAGAUUUGAGACGUGAAGUUGCUCAGUUAAGCUUGUUGUGGUACAUGAAAUGUUCCAUAAGCUUUAUAUUAAGGAAGGCAAGAGCGUUUUACAAUGAGUUUUCUUGUGAUACUUCUGCUGGAAGUAGCACUAUGGUUGUGGUCGAUCCAUAUUUUUCUGUUCCAGUUUUACCUUACAAUAAUAAUUAGUUUAAUAUCUCAAAUUCUACGUGAUUAAAAGUUGUAGUUAGCAUUUCGCUGUGUUGUAAUGUGUUGAAAGUCCACAUAUAUGUAAAAAUACGUCAACUUAUGUAACUGAUAUCGUUGUAUCUAAAUUAAUUCCGUGUUGUGUUGUGA